AGCGUCCGCCGACCACCACUUUGGGAAACACCGUAGCUAAGUUUUUUUGUUUCGCUUAACCACGUGACCGCAUAUCACAUGACUGUGUCGGGAAGGCUUAUUGUUUUCUCAACUUCAUUCGUUUCGAGUUUAGACUCGAUAAUACGACCAAAAGAAACGAAAUCAACUUCAUUGACUUCAUUUUCAUCUAUUUAAAAAUGUUAUCACAAAAGUCUUUAUUGUUUUUUGUCUCUUUGUUUGGACUUUCAUUUUCUAUGGCUCGUACAAAUGUUAAACAAAUGGUAAUUGAAGAACAGUCCGAGUUGAGUGUCGAUGGCGUUGAUGAAAAAGAUGGUGACGCAGUUAUAAAAUAUGUUGAAACCAAGACAUAUUCUUUACCAAACAAUGAACUAUUUAAAAUCGUAGAUCUCUUUGGAGAUAGAAAGUUCAGGGUAAGAUAUAAAGAUAUAUAGGUACUAACGUCAUAUUAAAAAAACAUUUUUCUUUUCUCUUUAUUAUUCAUUAAAUUUAAAUCGGUCACAGAUCCAGACUCAGUGGUUCAGUAGUAAGUAGUACUAAGUCAAAUACUGAUCAUCUGACUGACUCCAAGGUAUAAGUGCCAUUAACGAAAUGUAUGUUUGUGAAAUUUGAUAGUGCAGUGUAUUUGUAUUAAAUUAAGGUAUAUCAUCAGUGAUUAUAGGCCUAUUUCAGAAAUUCCCCCCCCCCCCCCCCCCCCCCCCCCCCCCCUAUGAUUGUCUACCUUCUUUUCCAUGUGUUGCUGUGUUGUUCCGGGUUGAAAUGGCUAGAAAGACUUUGAUAUUGUAUGCUUGUAAUUAGUUUUUGUAGUGUUGCGUUUGUUUUAAAUGUGGUGAAUUAUAGAUAUUUUUUGUUGACUUUGUACCGCGCUUCGAGCCUUUGGGGAUGAAGCGUGUUUUUGAAAUGAACUUUAGUAUUAUUAUUUAUUAUCUUUGCAUUUCUAAUAAAAAUAAGUUAAAUACCUGGAAGUGGAAGAAUAAUUUUCUAUGAUUUAUUAACGGGUGGUGAGAUAAAACUUGUCAUGAGUAAAAGUAACACAAUUAAAAAAUAGAGGAUGAAGUAAUAUUUUGUUAAAAUGUUUAACUGAAUUUUUGCUAUUAUCUUGACUGUAAUCAUAUUCAAUUAUUAAGUAUCUAAUUAUGGACUUUUUUUUCGCAGAAAUCAUCAAGUGCUCUAGGCUCAUUCAAGUGGCAACAAUGUGACAAUGGCACAGCUCAGAUAGGAAAGCUCAAUGUUUUAAAUGUGUCACCUGAUCCUCUUGUUAUACCUGGCGUAAUAAAACUCACUUUUGAUGGUGAACUAUCUGAAACUGUUGAUGCUCCACUAAAGGUUUUAGUAAAACUAUGGUUAUUUCUUUUUUAUGUAGAUAGCUUUACUAAACUAUCUAUAUCUAUCUAUCUAUCUCUAUAUAUAUAUAUAUAACACAUCUUUUGAAGAAAACCAAGACACCAAAAUGACUGUUUUACUGUUGGAAAUUACAUCAGGAAAUGUUAUUCCUUUAUUAGUCAUUUUAAUUACCUUGCCAUACUUAAAAUGGAAAUUACCAUGUUUCAUCAUUGAAUUUUAGUGUGUGUGCCAAGCUUUCAUCUGGAAUACUUAUUUUGAUUAAUUUUUUUUAACAGAUGGCAGUGGAACUAAAAAAGAAACUGGAGACAUUUUGGAUCCGUAUUCCUUGUAUAGGCGGCAUAGGUUCCUGUACCUAUGAAGACAUGUGUGAUGUUUUAGCUGGAGCUGUUUGUCCACAGCCAUUUGUGGAUAAUAAAGUCCCUUGCAAAUGUCCGUUUACACAGGUAAUUGCUUUCAUUACAUUUUUUAUUUCAAGAAUAUUUUUUUAAAGUUCUAACAAUUUAGAAAUGUAAAAUGUGAUAGUUUGAAAAGUGAUUUUGAACCUGAAUUGAUGAUUUUCUUUAAAAAAAAAUAUUUUUUGUCACUUUAAAAAAAAUGAUAACUGAUAUUGGAGAACUUUAUUUGAUUGUUUAAAAAAACAAAAAUAUUUUAAGCAAUCAUAUUGGCAGUGUCUUAGUUUUAAACAAUAAUUGUUUGUAUUUUAAAAGAACUCAUUUUUUUCUAUUUUAACCUUCUACUCUCAGGGCCACUAUUCCAUUCCAACAAGUGCCAUUGAUUUUAAUGUUGGAGAAGUUCCUAAUGGAGACUAUUAUGCUAAAAUUGAACUGACAUAUGGAGCUAAGCCAGUUUACUGCAUUGAACUGAAUGUAACCAUUGCAUAAUGAGUAACCUAUACAAAAAGUAAUUAUUUUUUUACCUAGAUUAUAUUUAGCUUUAAACUUUAAAGAAAACUGUCAACUUAAUUUUUUUUUUUAGCAAUUUUUAAAAAAAACAACAUAAAAACAUGUAAAAAUAAAAUUAGUUGUGACUAAAUGGCUGUGUUAAGUUUUUCCUGCUUCAAAAUAAUUUUAUUUUAACGCAUGUUUAUGGUACAUAAUUUUAGCUCUAUUGUUCUAUUUAUUAAAAAUAAAUGACAAACUUUUCAAGUGUAAAAAUUUAAAACUAAGGAAAGCCUUGCUUUAUAAAAAUAUAAUACUCAAUGUAGUUACAAAAUUAUUAUCAUUCCUUAAGAUUACUUAUUGAACUUAAUGCUAUUGAUGAGGAAUUUUUAUGGCAUUUCUUUUUGCUUUAAUUCACAUUUUGCAAGAUUUUAUUUAUAAUGAUUAGGGGGAAAGAUCUGUUGAGUGGUCAAUAUAUACUCCGUGAGAAGCUAUUUCAUUAAAUACCAGAAGAGAGAUAAAAGAAAAUCUUAUGAAUUAAUACUCUACUCCUGGAUGAAUCUCUAUUUCAGAUCUGAUUUGAUUUCAUAUAAAUAUAGAUUAAUAUACUUUUUUUCUAAAUGUAUGUAUAAUAAUAAUAAUAAAGUUUAUUUAUGUUUGAUUGUAUGGAAAUCUAUAAAUGGAUGCCAAAAAAGGGAAUUCACUAUGCAAUAAAGGCAUUGCACAAUUUUUAAAACUUAUAUGAAAUACAGAAAAGACUUCAAGGAUUUAGCUGUAGGAAACUAAUAUAAAUGGUACCAAAAAAAAUACAGGUACUUGAAAUCCAUUAUGUUUAUGACAAUUCAAAUAGGUUUGAAUUAUCCAUUGAAUAGUUCAGUGUCUUUAGUUUUCUUCUCACCCAGUUUUUGAAGCCUUUUAAUUUUUAUAUAAAUAACAAAAUUGGUUUUUGAUGGUAUUCAUUAAUUAAAUCUGUUUCCAUUCAAUGGACAUAAAAAAAAAAAAUAUGUAUCAUGCAAUAAAAAUACAGCAUUGUUUCCUUUCAAUUGCAAAAUACUUCCAUUUAAUUUCUAUGCAUUUCUUUGAUUAAAGAAUUCAAAAACAUUGUAAAAUGAUUAAAUGUAAGAGUUGACCAUUAUUGAGAAAUUCUUAGAGAAUUAAUUUUUUUGUCUUGUCAUUUUAACAAUCUUUCUUGCAUUUAUAUAAUAAUUAAAAAACAAUGUCUUGCAAAUAUUUCGCCUCUUAUUGUGCUUAAUUGCAACCUUUAAUUAUUAUUAAUUUCAUAUUAGAAAUAAAUUUUUUUAUAUUUUCUUCUAGCUGCAUCUUGUUGUCCAUUUUUAUUUUAAAAUGUUACAGUUGAGAGGACUCAACUUAAAUCAAUGGAAUUUUUAUGGUAUCAACAUGAAAUUCUUAAAAUAUACAUUUGUUGGCAUCUUCUAUCAACAGUUUGCUACCUGCAACGGGUAAAUUAUUUUUCAUAUAUUAUCUUUUUCUUAAAAUUGACUUUGCCUUAAGACAUUAUUUUAAUACAUGUAUAAGUAAUAAUACUAAAAUUUAUUUUCAUUAUUUUUCACUGAAAAGAAAAUAGUAAAUAGUGCAUCUAUAAGAUUUCAAUUAAAAAGAACUGCAAGGGAAUGUGUGAAUCCAUCAUGUGAUUGAGACUCUGUUAUACUGUUGUGAUUAUUUUAUAUGUUGAGCUAAUCUCAAACAUGUUACGGAAAUUAAAAUUGAGUUGAUUUUGAUUAAAAUUUUUAAUAAAAAAUAAUUCAAUUGAUGAUCAUUUUCACAUAAAAAACCACCUUGAUUUUUAUUUCAUAUGAAGGCUGAUUAAAUAUUUUUAAGAGACAUGUUU